CAUUUCAAAAUGGCGGCUGCAAAGGAUGCUGUUGUUAUUAUUUUGGAUGUGGGUCCUUCAAUGUGUCAGGCCCAGCCUGGCCAUUCUACCUCCCUGGAGAUAUCUGUCAAGGCCAUCAACAUGAUUAUACAAAGAAAGAUGUUUGCUAAUACAAAAGAUGAAUUUGCUCUAAUCCUAUAUGGCACUGAAGGAACAUCAAACAACCUGAAUGACACUAAUGGGGACUAUCAGAACAUUACUGUGGCUCGCAGACUUGGUUUACCCGAUUUAGAACUGCUUCGUUUUAUCCAUGACCAAAUAACCCCUGGUAAUGUUGAAACAGACUAGGACCUGAUCUUUUUGAUAAUGAUGAUGGCAGUGAGAGAACUUGUGCCACAGAUGGAAGUGGACCUUCAACAUCAGUUCCAGAUCACAGAAAAGAAAAAACACCACAGCAGGUGGCAGGGGAGAACUGCAUGAGACAAAUGUUGGAGGCUUUAGAUGGCGAGACAUAUUCCUUUAGUCACGUUCUACCAAUGCUGAGCUUUUUCCAGACAAGAUCAAUCAAACAAACCACUGUAUUUAGAGGACCACUGGAAAUUGGCUCUCAGCUAAAAAUAAAUGUGUAUGGAUACAACAGGGUAAGGGAGGAGAAGUUAGCACCCUGGAAGAAGCUGUCAGCUGUUUCUCAGAUGUCCCCUAACCCUGACACAAUGGAAGUACAGAUGCAGCGAUCAUAUCACUUGAAUGAUGAAGAUGAUACUGAAGUUGACAAAGAAAAUGUAGCUCAAGGCUAUCGUUAUGGCAAGACAUUGGUUCCAUUGACGAGAAUUGACAAAGACAGCAUGAAACUUCCCACAGAAAGAUGUUUAUCCUUGCUAUGCUUCACUUCCAAUGAAAAUGUCCAGAGAUAUCAAUACGUUGGAGAAAAUGUGAUAGCCUUUGUUCCACAGCCAGGUGACCAGCAUGCUGCAGUUGCACUCUCGGCACUGAUAAAUGGCAUGUAUGAGCUGAACACUGUGGCAAUUGUAAGAUAUUGCAGAGUAAAGAAUGCUCCCCCCAAGCUUGGCUUCUUGGCUCCGCACAUUAAACAGGACUAUGAGUGCCUCCUUUUCACUGCUUUGCCAUUUUUAGAAGAUCUACGUCAGUUUGCCUUUGCCCCUCUUGAUGCUAACAAGAAAUGGGAACCAUCUGGAGAACAAGAGGAUGCUGUAGACAAUCUCAUCACUGCAAUGGAUUUAACAGAUGCACAACGUGAUGAGGAUGGACAAGCCGUAGAGGCACUUAAAUGUAACAGAACUUUUAACCCUGUUCGACAAAGAGUUUUUCAGUGCAUUCAGCAUCGUGCUCUUAACCCAGAUGAUCCAUCAUUACCAGAUUUAGAUCCUGUUGUUGCGAGUUAUUUGGAGCCCAGUGCAGAGUUCAAAGCAAGGUGUGCUUCUGAGUGUAUGAAGAUUAAGGAUAUGUUCCGCCUUGAAAAAAUUGAAAAAAAGAAAGAAUACACAGCUGAAAACAUAUUCAUUUUACCAACUGCAGAUAAGCCAAAUGGUGAACCAUCAACCAGCAGAGAAAAUGUUUUUGAUGAAACUGACUUUAGCAUGGCAAGUUUGGCAAGAGAGCCGGUCACAAAGGUUGGCACACUUGAUCCAGUUGGAGACUUCCGAACUCUUAUCAGCUGCAGAGACGAAGAUAGGUUUGAUGAAGCUGCCAAACAAAUGAGAGAGUGUAUUGUACAGCUGGUGUUAGAUUCCUUUGGAGAUCAGCUUUAUUCUAAGGCCCUACAGUGUGUAAAUGUUUUGCGAGAAGAAGCUAUCAAGGCUGGUGAAUCUGUGAUGUUUAACACAUUUCUCCAGGAGUUAAAAGAAAAAAUCAUCAAUAAAUUAGGCCAUGCAUUUUGGCUUCUGAUGGUAAAAAAAGAAGUGACCUUAAUUAGUCAAAGAGAAUCCUCAGAUAGUAAUGUCACAGACAAUCAAGCUAAAGAGUUUUUAAAAGGUGGAGAACCUAAAAAGGAAGAAGUUCCAGCUGAUGAUGUUAUGGAAGAUGAUGAGGAUCUUCUUGAGAUGAUGGAAUGAGAUUGAUGAAGAAGGAGAUUAUGAUGAGGAGCAGUUGCCUUUGAAAGAAGCAAUAAUUCAAAUCUCACAUAAUUAUUUGUACAAACAAUGUUUAGGAAGGGUUUAUGGCCAAAGGACAAAAAACAGCUGGAAAGUGUUUUCAUCAGUAUGAUUGGGUGUGUAUACACUCGACCAGUUUCUUCUCAAACAAAGAACAGCCAUUAUGCAAGGAAGAACAGCUUUUUCUGCCAAUAUUGUCAAGAAUACCUUCUGGUUGUGCAUAUUUAGAGGCUGGACAGCGGUCAUUUCAUAAAAGGAAGACCUCUGGCUGUACAUGUUGUUAAUAAUUAAAGUUAGGUGACACUUUACAGCUGAAAGCAAAUAAAAAAGAUUUACAUAAAAUA